CAGCACAUGUGAGAGAAUCUUCUCCAACACACCCCCUCGCACGCCGGGGCUGCGUUGGAUAAACGAGAGCCACAUAGCGGGUCGUCUCCCCCGUCCCAAUCUGCAUCAGUUCGUCGAACAGCGGCGGCCGUGCUGUUCUGUCGCCGGCCGGAUGUCUACCAAUGGCGUUGAGGUUAACAGGAUGUGUGCUGCGCCCGGGGCGAUGAGCAGUUCUUUCUUCCCAGUGGAGUCACAGGAUUCCAUGAGCGUCCUAAACGGCGCUGUCUGUGCCGCCGGCUGUGCGCGGCCGCCUGUGGAUGCAGGGGUGGGCAAGGUGUGCUCUGAAGCCACCAGCGGCUGGACGCGCAGGGUCAGGGUUGGAAAAGCUCCCGAGGAGAGGGAGAUGAAUCCGAACAGGAUAUCAGCUCUGGAAUUGUCUGUCCGUGCUUAUGCAGAGAAGAGGGAUGGAACUGUUGUGUACCCAAGCAUUGGGACAAGUUUUGACUCGUUGGAUGAAGCUUAUGAAUUCUAUAAUCUGUAUUCAUGGGAGUGCGGGUUUGGUGUUAGACUUGCCAAGAGCAGAUUGAAUGUUGAAAGGAAGAGAUGCAUGCAAGAGAUUGUGUGUGCUUGUGCGGGGAAACCGUUGAGGGAAAACAGCCGCUCGACCAGGUGCGGAUGCAAUGCCAUGAUUAGGCUGCUGCGGUCGAACGACAAGGGCUGGUAUAUAGCAGAACACAAGGAUGAUCAUAACCACCCGUUGUCGUUGACCUGUGGCCAGAAAAUGCAUUGGAAGUCGCAUAAGCAUAUAGACAGAUACACAAAAGAUCUAGUGAAACAGCUGAGAGACAACAAUGUGGGGCUGGGGAAAGUGUUCAACAUUGUUGGAAGUUUUUUCGGGACAGCGGAUAAAGUGCCAUUUACCAAGAGGUCUUUGAAGACUCUGUGCCGAAAGUUGAAUAGAGAACAGUCUGACAUGGAUGCAGUCAAGAGGAUGGCGGUUCUAGCUGAAAUGAAAGCUAACGAUCCUGACUUCAAUUACACGGUGCAAGUGGAUGGGGAGAGCAGGGUAAAGACACUAAUGUGGGUAACAAGCAGAGGUUUUGACCAGUACAGGUGUUUCGGAGAUGCAAUCACAUUUGAUACAACUUACCGUACUAAUCUUUAUGACAUGCCGUUUGGGUUGUUUGUUGGUGUAAACAACCACUUCCAAAGCAUAAUUUUUGGUGGUGCCAUGAUGAGGGAUGAGAAGGAGGACACGUUCAAGUGGAUUUUUAAAGAGUUCAUCCGUAUGGUGGGCGGGAAACACCCACAAACAAUCAUAACUGAUCAAGCACGUGCGAUGGAGCUGGCUAUCGAGGCUAAAUUACCAAACACAGUACACCAUUGGUGCAAGUGGCAUGUUCUGAAGAAAGCAAAGGAGUCGAUGGGUGUGUUGUGGAGCAAGAACAGUGACUUUAAGAUGGAGUUCCACAAGCUAGUCCAUCACAUGAUCACAGAGGAAGAAUUUGAAGCUGGUUGGCAGCAGAUGCUGGAAAGGUACUCCCUGAAGAAGCAUCCAUUCUUGACGCAGAUAUAUGAGGUGCGCCAUAAGUGGGCAAAGCAUUUUAGAGGAGUGUUUUGUGCGAAAAUGACUAGCACACAACGGAGUGAGAGUGCAAAUCACAUGUUGAAAGGUUACAUGCCGCCAGGGUGUCCUAUGCACCUGUUUUUGAAACAAUUUGAGAAACUCCAAUUUGACAGGGAGUCGGAGCAGAGCUUCCAGGAGAAGAGAACAUUGUUGAGUGGUGUGUCGCUUAGAAAUAACCUGCCACUAGAGAGGCAUGCUAGCAAGGUGUACACGAGAGCUAUGUUUGAGAAGUUCGGUGAAGAGCUGUAUAAGUGUGGUGCACAUGUAUUGGAUGAGAUUGUACCAAGGAAGGUUUACAGAUCAACACAUGUAGAUGCUGCAGCAAGAGAGAAAUGGAGUAAGGUUGAGUUCACAAUCGAAGUGGAUGAUGAAGAGAGUUUUUUCAGUUGUGAAUGCGGCAUGUUUGAACACGCUGGGACCAGUUUUGGCAUAACUACUUCGCAACAUCGGCGUGCAUGUGGCGUUUCCCCUCUUGGGAGCCGGUGCCGGCUUUGCUGGCUUUGCUGUGGGACAUUCCUUAGAAGGGAAGCCAAUUAGAUUGCUCACUGGCAGCUCGGUCCGUACCUGUUGAGUUGCGAAUAUGGUCAUUGCAUGUCAUGAAUGAAAAUGAUUGCAUUUCCAAUAAGUAA